AUGGGUCAGCCCAAUGGUCUUGAAGCCCACAGGUCUUCUAAGUCCGGGAAUCUUCAAGCCCAAUAUCGGGAAUGCCGAGAGUCCUUCCCACGCGUCCGAGUCAUUGUCAAUUUACGCAUUUACCCGGCUGUUGAUUAUUACAAUACGCGUGUUUUAUAUUUCUUUUUUCAAAAGGUACACUUAUUCAUGUACGGGCUACUUUUCGGGCUAGCGGACACAUGGGCGGCAAUGCCGGACAACAAGUUGGUGGGAAAAGCCAUUAGAGACCCGGAAAAGCUCAAGAUCAUAGCAAGCAACCCAAGGAGAUACACGGGCAAGCCAAGAGUUGGCACUAUGAGGGAGAUUGCAAGGCAGUGCGAGUACGUGCAGAACAACUUCGAUAAAGUGCGGGUCCCGUUUCUGACGGCCCACGGUACCUCCGACGGGGUCACUUGCCCGUCCGGUUCGAGGAUGCUGUACGAGAAGGCGAGCAGUGAGGACAAGACUCUGAAGAUUUACGAGGGAGGUUAUCAUUCUUUGAUACAAGGUGAGCCUGAUGAGAGUGCUGAUCUUGUGCUUGCUGAUAUGAGGGCUUGGAUUGAUGCUAGGGUUUGAUAUAUAUAUAUAUAUAUAUAUAUAUAUAUAUAUAUAUAUAUAUAUAUAUAUAUAUAUAUAUAUAUCUAUAUACACUUAUACUUGAGGCAAUAUGAGAACAUGUGUUAUUGAGGUUGUGAGAAGUGGAAAGUGCAUGGAGAGAAUAUUUGACUUGACUUGACUUGAUUAAUGUAAUAAAUAAAUAUGUAAUAUAAAUACAUUUUCAUGAUUAAUAUACAUGUGGUUACAAUUGCAAA